UUCACUGGAAGAGUGGUGGCAGGUGACGCUGGUAGGAACACCAUGGCUGGGGGUGUGUGGGGCCGGGGCCGGGAUGGCCCUGUGGGAUCCCUAACUCUUACAGCUCUAGCUGAAGGGAUCCGGGCUAACCAGGGGCAGCCUGUGGGACCCUCUUCCACAGGCCCUCAGGCUGAGCCCCCGGAGCUUGGGCCUGAGGCUGAGAUCUGCCCUCAAACACUCACCCCUGCCUUUGAGGCCCAGCCUGGGAAUGAAGUGGUUGCCCCCACAGCUGGCAGUGGGAACUGUUCCCCACACGAUGCCCAGGAGCCAGCCCCCGAGAGACCCUUCCAGGCUUCCCAGUAUUCCUGGGAGGAAGGAGCCCUUGCAGACCUUGCGUUGUAUACAGCUGCCUGUCUGGAGGAGGCUGGCUAUGCGGGAACCCAGGCAACAGCGCUCACUCUGUCCUCAGCCCUGGAAGCCCGGGGGCAACGACUGGAGGACCAGGUUCACGGUCUGGUGCGUGGGCUGCUGGCACAGGUGCCUAGCCUGGCGGAGGGGAGACCCCGGCGGGCAGCCCUACGGGUGCUGAGCGCACUGGCUCUGGAGCAUGCGCAGGAUGUGGUGUGUGCGCUGCUCCCCAGUUCUCUGCCCCCGGACCGGGCAGCCGCUGAGCUGUGGCGAAGCCUAAGCCGGAACCAGCGUGUAAAUGGCCAGGUGCUGGUGCAACUGCUGUGGGCACUGAAGGGCGCAGCUGGUCCUGAGCCUGAGGCUCUGGCGGCCACACGCGCUCUUGGGGAGAUGUUGGCAGUCUCUGGCUGCGUGGGAGCCACUCGGGGUUUCUACCCUCACCUGCUGUUAGCCCUGGUCACACAGCUGCAUGAGCUGGCUCAAGGGGUCCAUUCCCCUGACAGCCCUAAGGUUUGGGAGCCUUCUCACCGAGGGCCACCUCACAGCCACGCCAGCUGCACCGUGGAGGCCCUGAAGGCCCUGCUCACAGGGGAUGGUGGCCGAAUGGUGGUCACAUGCAUGGAGCAAGCAGGAGGCUGGAGGAGACUGGUAGGAGCCCACACGCACCUGGAGGGUGUCCUGCUGCUGGCCAGUGCCAUGGUGGCGCAUGCCGAUCACCAUCUGCGAGGCCUUUUUGCAGACUUGCUUCCUCGGCUACGAAGUUCCAAUGACCCGCAGCGCCUCACAGCUAUGGCCUUCUUUACUGGGCUGUUGCAGAGCCGGCCCACUGCACGGCUCUUACGGGAGGAAGUCAUCCUGGAUCGGCUUCGAACUUGGCAAGGCGACCCAGAGCCCACCGUGCGCUGGCUAGGCCUACUUGGUCUUGGCCACCUGGCAAUGAAUCGUGGGAAGAUAAGGCAUGUGAACACGCUGCUGCCGGUGCUCCUUAGAGCGCUGGGCGAAGGCGAUGCGCGGCUCGUGGAUGCUGCUCUAGGUGCACUCCGGAAACUACUCCUGCAACCGGGAGCACCGGUGAGGCUCCUCAGCUUCGAGCUGCGACCACGCCUCCCGCCGCUACUGGACGACGCUCGGGACUCUGUCCGUGCUUCAGCGGUAGGACUUCUUGGAACGCUGGUGCGGCGGGGUCAGAGAGGGCUCCGGCUGGGGCUUCGGGGACCCCUGCGGAAAUUGGUGCUGCAGAGUCUGGUGCCGUUAUUGUUACGCCUACACGACUCCAGCCGGGACGCUGCUGAGAGCUCAGAGUGGACAUUAGCUCGCUGUGACCAGGCCCUUCGAUGGGGCCUGCUGGAGGAGAUGGUCACUGUGGCUCACUAUGACAGCCCCGAGGCUCUCAGCCGUGUCUGCCACCGCCUGGUUCAGCGAUAUCCAAGCCAUGUUAAGCAUUUCCUGAGUCAGACCCAGGGCUACCUGCGGAGCCCACAGGACACCUUGCGCCGCGCAGCCACGGUGCUCAUAGGCUUCCUCGUCUAUCAUGCUAGCCCCCGUGGAGUCAGUCAGGACCUGUUGGACUCUCUGUUCCAGGACCUAGGACAGCUGCAGGGCGACCCGGAGUCUGCGGUUUCCGCGGCAGCGCACGUGUCUGCCCAGCAGGUGGCGCUGCUUGCCCGGGCGCAGGUCCGACCUCGCCGCUCCAGCCUCUUACGCUUCAUCCGCCAUCACUCAUACCCUACAAGGCCCCAUCCACUCUAUGACGAUAGUCCGUUCCUACGCCGGAGCCUUGCAGGCCGAUGGAGCUGUCCUGAACCUCGGUGAGCCAGGCCCGGUAUCCAGAUUCAUGGGCACACGCUAUCCAUGCUGUCACCUAUAGCAGAUCUGCAGAAGAGGCUCUAUUCGGGUCCCCCUGGGCCUGGUGCUGGAUGGACACUGGCGCUCAUUGCCCUUAACUACUUUCUAUGGGCCCACCAUGUGACAGCUGCGUGGCGGAUGGCACGUUCCAUCCCAAGUCCCUCUUGUAGUGUUGGUAUUUAUUCUCUGCUAGGCCAGUUCUGUCAGUUCCCUGGAGUGUGUGCCCUCUGCCCUAGCUUGGACUUGGCGCCUGUCUGGAAUAGCCGCUGCUUCCCAAGCGAGAGUCUGAUGGAAGCACUGAAGUUGAUGCCACCAUAGGCUGCCCGGGCCGCUUCCUCCGGCUCAGUUUGCAUAGCUACGGUUGUACCUGUCAUGGCUUUCCUAGUUAUGCCAUCCGUCUGUCGUCCCUGAGUCAGACUUCUUCCAGCCGCUAUUCCUUACAGCUGUCCUGGGUUAUGUCCCCAAGAGGCAUUGACCUGCUCUCCUGUCCAUCCCUACUCCUUUGGAUAACCUAUCCAUUUCCUACUCCGCCCGACUCAUGUCAGAACCACCUGUACAAUGGUGUUCUCUAGAAGGUAUCUCUAACAUCCCUUUGUGCUGGAGAGCCCAAGGCAGGAUUGUAUCCGUGGGUUGAGGUAUGGGAAGCAGGCACUCCACACCCACCAGACUGUGAAUGGGUAUGUCAUUACCCACUGUCCCGUACGGGGCUCAAAUGGAAGGCAUAGCUGGACAGACAGGAGGAGUCAGCCAUAGUUGUGACCCCACCCCUCAGCACUUGCCUAGGAGCUUCCUCCACUUCAAAUGCGUACCUCAGGCUGCAGGGUGAGGACAAACACAGGCUAUG